AUGAGUGCUUAUCAUGGUAUAUUAGAAGAAUAUCCUCUUAUAUCAAUUGAUUCAUUUGAAAGUUAUAAUUAUACAAGUACAAUGUUUUUUAUAACACAUAUUCAUAUGGAUCAUCUUGUUGGUCUUGAACGACCAGAAUUUGGUAAAUAUGUUGCAAAAAUCAAUGCUCCAAUAUAUAUGUCUGAUAUUUCAAAACAAUUAUUAAGUACAAUGGCUCUAUAUCGUCAUUUAAUACCAUAUUUUAAAUCAGUUCCAAUUGAUCAACCAUUUACAUUAACAAUUCAAUCGAAUGAUCCUGUACAAGCAAAGAAAAAAGAAGGAGGAGAUAUUGAAAGUUUAAAAAAUACAUUAUCAUCACAUACACCAAAUGUUGGUGAAAUAGUUGUUGUAACUUGUUUUGGUUCAGGUCAUUGUCCUGGUUCAAUUAUGAUAUGGAUUGAAGGUGAACAUGGUAAUGUUUUAUUUACAGGUGAUUUUCGUCUUUAUCAUGGUCAAGCUAAACGUUUAAUACAUUUACAUCGACGACGAACAGAUAAUGAUGAUAAUUAUAUAUUUAAACCAAUUGAUAAUCUUUAUAUGGAUAUGACAUUUUUUCGUCCAGAAAUUUUACAUAUACCAACACGUGAAAUAAGUUGUCAAGCACUUAUUUUAUGGAUAAAAACUUUAUUAUCUGAUAAAUCAAAUGUAAAUUUUCAUUUUAAACAAAGUGCUCGUGUUGGUUAUGAACAAAUUUUUCGAGCUUUAUAUGAUAAUUUAGGUAUGCGUGUACAUGUUGAACAAAGUCAAUAUGAAUUUUUUGCAUGUUUACCAAUUAUACAAGAAUGUUUAACAACAGAUCCAACAAUAACACGUUUACAUGCAUGUCGUACAGCAUCAUCAAAUUAUACACAACCAUGUUCAUUAUUUCGAAAUUGUGAUAAACCUAUUCGUAUAUUUUUAUCAAUUAUGUGGUUUACAGAACAAAUAUCUGCUAGUGAAUUAUUAGUUGAAUAUCAUGAAUAUCAUUCAAAUUUUGAUCAAAAUUUAUCAAAACGUUGUAUUGGUUAUCAAGAUUAUGGAAAUGAAAAUACUGAUAUAACAUUUCAAGAUACAUAUUUAAAUUAUCGUUUAUGUUAUUCAUUACAUUCAUCAUUUUCUGAAAUAAUUGAUGUAUUAAAAACUUUAAAACCAAAAUGUGUUACACCAAUAGCUGUACCAUUGGCAUCAUUAUUGACAACAAAACGUUUAUUUCAAAUAAUUGAUUAUUUUAUAAAAGAUCAAUCGAAUAAAAUAUCAAUGAUAACAAUGAAAAAAUUAAAUGAAAAAAUUCAACGAAAAUCUCUUAAUCAACAAAUACAACUUAAACAUCGUUAUGAAUUAUUUGAAACAAAAAUUCAACGAAAACGUCGAAGAAAAUUAUUUAAAGAACAACAACAAAGAAAAGCUAAUGAUGAAGAAUUAGAUUUUGGAAUUGAUGAUGAAAAAGAACAAAAUCUUUUACAACGAAUCAAUUCUGUAAAUGAAUCAAUUUGUAAACAAAUACAAACAAAUCAUUCAAAAAAGUUUUUUCGAUCUAUUUCUUUGGAUAUACCACCAAUAAUAAAAGAUAAAAAAAAUAUUUCGCAUAAUGAUCAAAAAAGCAAUAUAUCAUGUGAAGAAUCAACUUCAAAUGAAAGUUUUUCAUCAAAUCAAAUUAUUUCUAUUGAAUCAACAUUAGAAGAUUCAUCUUGUUCAUUAUCAAUUGAAGAUAAAUCAAUUAAUGAUAUUGUUAUUUCUAAUGUUUUAUCAUCUGAUAUUGAACCUAUUACUAUUGAUCAACAACUUAUGGAAUUAUCAUCUAUAGAAAAUGAUCAUGAUUGUAUAAUGUCAGAUUCUUCAUCGGAUACAGUUGAUUAUGAUUUUGAUACACAAACAUAUACAACACUUAAAUUUGAAUCUCAAGAAUCAAUAAUUUCUUUAGCUAAUUGUCAUGAUAAUGAAUGUUAG